CUACCUCAGCGACCGUUCUGGCGAAGCUACGCAGAUGUUCAAAAGCAGUCUUGCCUCAACUUCGCUCUCAAUCCCUCCCCCUUCCUAACCUUCACUCACUAGUCCCGCCGCAGACGAGGACAUCCCGACGAUGGCCGCCCAGGCGCUCGCAUCAGACCCACAGGUAAUGGGCACCAUGCGUUCGCCCGUGAAUUGUAUCAUCUCGCGAUCAUCCCUCACCAUCCUCCCAUCUUUGCCAACCCGAUAAGCACCCUCAGGGCGGUCUAUAUGUAGUGAGAACGGAUCCGCGGGGACCCUUGAGCGUCCCCUUCCUGCUCCCCCCUCCCCUCUUCCCUUCCCUCUUCGGCUCCAAGGAUUCUUCACCACUUCGUCGCUCCUACUUUGCGAUUUUCAGGGUCCUGCAUCGUUCGACCGCGUUACUCUGAUCGACUAUGGACAUACCGACACUCACGAAGACGAAAACUACUGAGGCGGCAGUGGUAGAGACGCCCGUGGACGAGAAAGUGCCGACGCCUAUCUCUGAGAAAGUCCCGAGCGUCACGGAUCUGGAGUCUUCGGGGACUGAUGAAGAGGAAUGGACAUACCCGGAUGGGGGAUGGCGAGCUUGGGGCGUCGCGUUCGGCUGCUUUCUGCUGGGUGCGACUGGCUUGGGAUGGGGAUAUACGUGGGGGAUCUUUCAGAGCUACUAUCAGGUACAUUUGUUCCCAAGUACGCCUGUCAGUGUGCUGGGUCUUGCGGGAGGGCUGAUGAGCUUCUCAUGCAUCAUCGCGACGCUGUUUGCUGGCAGAUUGGGCGACAAAUAUGGAUACCGCCGCAUGAUCAUUCUCAGCUGCUUACUCACAUGGGCCUUCAUGUUCGGCUCUGCGUUCUGCACGACCCUCGUGCAGGUCUUCAUCGUCCAAUGCGCAGCCAUCGGUGCCUCCAUCGGCAUCGGGACGCCCAUGUACAUGGCUCUGCCUUCGCAAUGGUUCCUCAAAAGGCGCGGGCUAGCAACCGGAAUGGUCGGUGGGGGAACGGGUAUCGGGAGCGCUGUGGCGACGCUCAUUUUGAGGCAGCUGUGCGUGUUUCCCCUCGUAUUUGACGGUUCAAGCGACGGGAGAACACGAGCUGAUGGUCGACUGUUAUACAGGAUCACGACGGUCGGGCACAAGAAGACGCUCAUCAUCUACUCUUUCGUUCACGGCUUCUUCUACAUCAUCGCCUGCUUGCUCAUCAGGGAGCGCCGUCCACCAGUUAGCCGCGCAGUCCAGGCGGCACCGAUGCAAAGCAAGUUGGCGACGUUCAAAACUUUCUUGACGGACUUCCGGUUCUGGAGCUUUACGCUCUGCCUGAUCGUGCUGAACUUCGGGUAUCUGCUACCGGUAUAUUACGUACCCCAGUAUACUGCCGAGAAAGUGCCGUCUCUUGACCCGAAUUCACUCACGACUGCGGUGCCAACGACGUUGCUGAACCUCGCGGGUGGGCUUGGUAGGAUUUUUGUCGGGUGGGCGGCAGACGUCUUCGGCACCUUCAAUGUUUUCUUCGUCAGUGUCUUCCUAGGUGGUGUUCUCCAGCUCGUCUGCUGGCUCUUCGCCGAAAACUUUGCAUCCAUCAUCGUCUUCGCAAUCCUAUGGGGCACGUUCGCCGGAUGCUUCCUCACCCUCCUGCCCGUUAUGUGCGCAGAGAUAUGGGGCGUCAACAACCUGGCGACGAUGACCGGUAUCAUGAUGCUCAUGAUUGCGCCGGGUCAGCUUAGUGGUGGCGCUGUUGGGGGUGCCAUCUUCGACGCGACGGGCGGUAGCUGGACGGCGUUGAUUGUAUAUGCAGGCGUAAUGAUGACGGUUGGUUCGUUCUUCAUCCUGCCUUUGCGAUUCAGCAAGGACAGGCGGAUAUUUGCCAAGGCAUGAUUUUGAGAUACACGACACUGCACGACCAUAGGGCCUGUAUAGGACACGCAUGAAUCAGAAAGGAGACACAAAAGGAGACUAUGUACAUGCUUCAUGCCAUAGGAUAUACGAAGGCCUAAAAGCGAUAUAUGAACACCCAGUACCUGAUCAGGCGAG